AUGGUAGGUCUUGGAGUCACAAAGAUGGCGGCGUCCGUGUUUGAACAUGGGGGGAAGGAGAUCCUCCGUCAUGGUGCCCGCGGCUCCCUGCCCCGGAUUCGGAGCGGCGGCCGCCCGCUGUGCUCCGCGCCGGGCGAUGCUGAAGCUUCCCGGUACCAGGUUGUGGUUGUAGGGGGGGGGCACGCUGGCACUGAAGCUGCAGCUGCGGCUGCGAGAACCGGAGCCAAGACUUUGCUCGUCACGCACAAAGCAGACACAAUAGGUCAGAUGUCCUGUAACCCUUCUUUCGGGGGGAUUGGGAAGGGCCACCUGAUGAGGGAGGUGGAUGCCCUGGAUGGCGUUUGCAGCCGGAUCUGCGACCUCUCUGGGGUUCAUUACAAGGUCCUGAACAGAUGCAAAGGGCCGGCGGUGUGGGGUCUGCGGGCUCAGAUCGAUAGGACUUUAUACAAGCAAAACAUGCAGAGAGAGAUACUGAACACACCGGGCCUCACUGUGAGAGAGGGAUCCGUCGAGGAUCUGGUACUGGAACCAGCAGACCCCAGUCAGCCGGGGAAAUGUCGAGUUGGUGGAGUUAUUUUAGCGGACGGCAGUCGGGUUUCAGCCCGCAGCGUGGUGCUGACCAACGGCACGUUCCUGCGCGGUACGGUGAGGAUAGGCACGGAGCAGAGAGCCGCCGGCCGCUGGGGGGAGGAGCCGUCCGUCGGCCUGGCGCAGACGCUGGAACGGCUGGGAUUCGCGGUUGGGAGGCUGAAGACCGGCACCCCCCCGCGCAUCGCCAAACGCUCGGUGGACUUUACCGUCUUGGAGCGACACGACGCCGAUAACCCGCCGGUGCCUUUCAGCUUCAUGAGCAGCAGCGUCUGGAUCAGGCCUGAGGAGCAGCUCCCGUGUCACCUGACCUACACGACCCCUGCCGCGGAGCAGAUUAUCAGAGAGAAUCUCCAUCUGAGCGAUCACGUCAAGGAGACCAGUGCCGGCCCCAGGUAUUGCCCUUCCAUCGAAUCCAAGAUCCUGCGGUUCCCCGGCCGGCGUCACCAGGUGUGGUUGGAGCCGGAGGGUCUCGAUUCGGAGGUGAUUUACCCCCAGGGGCUCUCGGUGACGCUGCCGGCCGACGCUCAGGAGCGGUUCCUGCGGGAGAUACCCGGGUUGGGGAACGCGCGGAUGCUCCGGCCAGGUUACGGGGUGCAGUAUGACUUCCUGGACCCUCGGCAGCUCCGAACCUCCCUGGAGACCUUCCUCGUCCAGAGGCUGUUCCUGGCCGGACAGAUCAACGGGACCACUGGCUACGAGGAGGCAGCCGCCCAGGGGUUGAUCGCCGGGAUAAACGCUGCUCUGAAGGCGAGCGGCCGUCCUGCCUUCACAGUGAGCCGCACCGAGGGAUACAUCGGGGUUCUUAUUGAUGAUCUGACCACACGUGGAACGAGGGAGCCGUACCGCAUGUUCACGAGCCGCGCCGAGUUCCGCAUGUCUCUGCGGCCGGACAACGCGGACUCCAGACUCAGCCUGAGGGGUUAUGAGGAAGCCGGCUGCGUGUCUCAGGAGCGUUACUUUCUUGCCCGGACCACCAAAGAGACUUUGAACGAGGGUCUGUCUGCCCUUCGCUCCCUGCGGCUCUCCGCUUCCAAGUGGCAGCAGCUCAUUCCUGGCAUCCCCAUCAGCAGCCUGAAAACCUCCAUCAUCAGCGCUGCGGAGCUCCUCAGAUAUCGGGGCGUUGAUGUAGAAACCAUCUGCAGAGCUUUCCCCGGCAGCCUGCAGAGAUUUGCCGACAAACCGGAGAUCUCCCGGCGAUUAGAGAUCGAAGCCGCGUACGAGCUGCACGUCGCUCAGCAGCAGAAGGAGAUCUCCGAGGUGCAGCGAGACGAGGCGCUGGAGCUCCCCGAAGACAUCGACUACCAGUCCCUGGAGGCCGUGCUGUCGCUGGAAGCGCGGGAGAAGCUGUCGCAGAGCCGGCCCGAGACGAUCGGAGCCGCGGCGCGGAUCCCCGGCGUGACGCCUGUGGCCAUAGUGAAUCUGCUGAGAUAUGUGAAGAACGGCGCUCGGGGGUCCGAGACCCGCCAGGAGGCAGUGACAUCACACGGCUCCAAAUGAGCAGCAAGUGGCAAAAUAUCGGACAUGCGCGGGAGAACUCUCCGAUUCCCGCUAUCGCGGGGUAGUGGAUGCGUUGAGCGGGAGCCGGGGGUUAGAGGGAGCAUAUUCCUGGCAGAUGUUUUUUUUCUGUAGGAAAACAUCCCAAGUGCCUUUCGGAACUGGCACCGAAGCCCCCCAAAGACAUUAAAUAAAGUUAAAUUAGACACUUUUUGGGUGGCACCCGCAGCAGCUGAUUGGCCAGCCCGAUCCCUGUAUUGGCAGCUAUAUAGGGAUUACACCGUAGCAAUGUAUAUAUAAUGUAUAGAGGGAAGGGGGUAUGUAUGGGGGGGGUUGGGGGGCUGUUACUGUAAUUUAUGUUUAGAAUGUCCGUAGAAUGCCGCGGUAACCUGAGCUGCGAAUUCUGAGCGUGAAGCGGCCAAUCAGAGCAUUGGUAUCAGGAGAUUGCGCAUGGAGGGCCGUACGUACCUGUCGGAAAGAAGGCUCCCCGAAUAACAAUAAUAAAGUGUUAUUAUAUUAAUAAAUCUUUGAAUCGGAAAA